UGACCCAAGUCCAUUCGUUUUUUUUUUAGAAAAAACAAGUUCAUUUACUAAGACUGAGAAUCCCGUCAUCGUGCGCUACACUAUAUCCUAUUAUUUUAACGUCUGUCGUCGAAAUCAGCUUUUCGCCCAUCAUGACGCGCGCUCAGCAGACCAUCUCUGUUCUCCUGCUCGUUUCAUCUUUGUAUUUGUCCCUUUACUUGGGUCUUGUGCCCCUGAACGAGACCGUUCAGACGGAGAUCAUCCCUGUUCUUCCCUUCUACGGUCUCAUAUCCUUCGCCUGCUACCUGAUGGCCCGCUUAGGCCUGGCCAUUCUCACAUUUAACGACGUCCCCGAAGCUCACGAGGAGCUCCAAAAAGAGAUUGAGCAGGCCAAGGAAGAGCUCCGGAGAGGAAACGUCGAGGUCGAGUAAAUAUCGUGCUCGUUCUUCAUACUUCGUCUCUAUUCUUUUUUGGGAUUUUUUCUCUCUGUCGAUUCGGGCUCCUCCUAUUCCAAAUAACGUUCCUCUAAACCGGUUAUAAAGAAUCAUGGCGCAUGGGAAAGAGGGGGGAUUCUGAAUGAUAUUUUUGCCUGGAAUAUUGCUAUUUCUGCUGCACUGUACACUAAUCCGUCGGGCAGAGAGUGAUAUGAGAUUCUUGUUUUAGACACCAGAUACUUGAAACGCCGACUUUGAGUGAGAUUAGGUGAUUGAUAUGAA